AUUGACUAUCUAUAACAAUUUCUUUUAGGGCUAGUACAUUUUCACACUUAGAUAAAAAGAAAAGCACUUAUAAAUUUGUGUUAGGUUUACUUUUCUUUUUUUUUUUUUUUUUUUCUUGACAGAGUCAGGCUGGAGUGCAGUGGCAUGAUCUCAGCUCACUGCAACCUCUGCCUCCUAGGUUCUAGUGAUUCUCAUGCUUCAGCCUCCUGAGUAGCUGGAACUGCAGGCAUGAGCUACCAUGCCCAGCUAAUUUUUUUGUGUGUGUAUUUUUAGAAUAGAUGGGUUUUUACCAUGUUGGCCAGGCUGGUCUCGAACUCCUGACCUUAUGUGAUCUGCCCACCUCAGCCUCUCAAAGUGCUGGGAUUACAGCAGCAGUUUUAUUUUUCUAUAAAAGAUUUAGCAGAGCAAUGAACAAUAGAUUGUGGGUGUCGUUGAUUGUACACAAUUUUUGAUUUUUUAACCAACAGUCCAUUCCAUACUUAUCUGUCCAACUAUGCAAGGUUAAAAAAUUGUUCCUGACAGAGGAAACUGUUUCCACCUAUUUGCACACAGAUUAGCCAUUCCAACUGCACCUGCUCACUGACGCCCUCAGCAUUUCCUGGUAAGUACACAAUGUAAGAAGGGACUCAACUGCCUUUUUCUCUCUUCAAGGAAACAAAAUUAAAACAUACUUAGCAGGCCAAUGUUCGGAUACAGAAAUCUCAGAUCCAACCAAGGGUAACAACCCAUUUGAGGGUAGCCUGAAUCUCAGGGAGUUUAUGCUGACAGAGCUUGGCUCCACAUAGAAAGCUAGGCAGUCAGAACCUAUUCUGGGGCUUCCAUAGGAAACAUCAAAUCUGUCUCUGGUGAGUUAACACUGGGAGAGGCUUUAAAAUGAACUAGGAUAGUUUAUAAAGAAUAAGGAAUGAGUUCGAAUUUUAGGAACCACAGUUGGCUUGGUUCUUGCAAAGAAUACUGUCCAAUAUAAAAUUUUGGAACCGAAUAGGUCACUUUUGGCAUGCUGUGAGUUCAUUGCUCAUUCAGUGUCAUAAAUUGAGUCUUGAAUUAUGGAGCUUUCUUCUACACUACUUUUGCAACCCUCAGGGUCCAAAGACCCUUCUCCAUGCCUGAUCUCAUCUUCAUGCUGGCAACUGAAAGCCAGUUCUUUCUGUGCAAUAUUUUGUGGAAACUGAGAGGCCUUUAAAUGCACAAAGAAUCAUUCGUCACCAAAUGUAAAAGAAUCAUGGACUGUUCUUCCAUGUUCUAAAUCUAAGAUGAUUUAGAGUUCAUUUAGUCCAGCCUCUUCAUUGUCAGAAUAGUAGUAUCUCCUUCCACAUGGGUAGCAGACAUGUUUUUGCCCACCUAGCAUCCUUUCCCUCUUUUCAGGUAACACCACCUCAUUUUUUCUUUUGGGUAACUUCUCUCCCCGCACUGUUAUUCAAUAACAACAGAUUAUUCCACAUCUGUUAUUCAGAUGGGACUGAUUCUAGCUCCAGAAGAGGGUCUAAAGAGAGUACCCAUUCCCUGACCACAGUGAUUGCUUCAAGAAUGAGCACUCAUCCCAGGUUUGGCCAAUGAGAGAAGUCUAAUUUGAUAUCAUUUCAAGACAUGUACAAUAUUUUCCACUGAAAGCUUAAGGGACAUUUUAAGGUCAUAGCACGUCACUCACAAAGCCAAGAUCUCCGAUGUCCUCCCAUUUUGUAGUGGGGAAAGAGAUACCAACGGAUAAUUUUGGUAAUACAUUAAGGGCAUACACUCAUUCAACAAAUAUUCACUACUAGAUACCUGGUUCCAUGAUGGGUGUUCAGGAUGGAGUUAUGAAUGAAACAGUCAUGAUCUCUGGAUGUCCCAUGAUGUUCUGAAAGGUGCAGCAUGUGUGAGAGCGCACAGGAGGGCCCUGUAAACUACCCUGGAUAUAUGUUUGUGGGUAUCCAGAAAGGCUUCCCAAAGAAAGGAACCAGCCUCCUAAAUCUCUCUGAAUCUAUCCUCCUUUAAUUUUCUUCCUUAUCCUCACAGCUACUGUCUCAGUUCAGGCCCUCUUUAUUUCACAUCUGAAUUACAGCAAUAACUUUCCAACCGAACACCACCACACCCCUACUCUUACCCUAUUUUUACCCAACUCACUCUUUACUAAUGACAGAAUGAUUUUUUCUUAGAAACUUUUUUCUAUAGUAUCCACCCACAAAAGUACAUAUGUAAGCAUACAGUUUGAUGAAUUUCCUUAACCAAACACACCCAUUAACCAGAGCCUACAUUAACAAACAGUCAGCAUUCUGCAGCCCCGCCAUGUCCCCAUCCAUAUACUCACCCUCCUCAUACAUAAUAAAAAUAAGAAUUCGUUUUAAAAAUGAAUAUCGCUUCCUUCCUUUGUUAAAGCCUUCCAAGGACUUUCUUGACAGCCUGCAGGAUAAACCCCAUCUCCUUCGCCAAACUAUACCCUAGUAAUUCCUCGCCUACUGCCCCAGUAUUCCCUCCCUGGCCUCUGCAGUGCUGCUCCCUCUGUGGAAACUAAUAUCUCAGCCCUCUUCCUCUGCACUGUAAUGAUUCCUAAUUAUUCCAGGAGCCACCUUCUCAAAUCCUUCCAUGAUCCCUUCCCUCACCACUAUCUGUUUCUCUUGUAGAUUUUUGAAGGUAGAAACGGUGUUUUGCAUUUGUUUCCCAAUUUGUUAAAUGAACAAGUGAGUAAAUUUAUUAAUUUCCCAUAACUCCUUUCCUCCCUUUCCUUCCCCUCUACCCUACCAAUGACUCUUUUAAAAUAAGAACAAUCCAGUCCCCUGUGAAUGUUUGUGCAUGUAUGAGAUGCACAAUGAUCACGUAUGAUCUUUAACCAGCAAUUUGCUAAGUCAUGACUGGUUUCCAUUGAUCCAGACACACCUUACUGCCUAGUAUCCCCUCCUCCCACACCAAGUAAGGGUACAGUAGGGGCAGUUUGUGGUCUCAACCCUACCAAGGUAAGAGGGCACAAAGAAUAUUGAUAUACAUGAGACCUCGGGCAUUCUUCAGGUAAAAAAAUGGCUUAAUUGGAACAUUCGGAGGCUUAAGAGAAAAUCGGGAGUGGUGGAAGGAAGCAAUCAAGCAGGGUAAUAUUUCCCAAAUGCCUGCCGGCCAUGUGCCAGACACAAUGUUAGGCUCUAUCUGUGAUGUCUUAUUUAACUGAAGUGGGAGAAGAAUGUAAAUAAAUGGCUAAAUUCUUGAAUUGCACAAAAAGAGACGUCAAUACACUUUUUCCUUUAUUUGGUUGAAACUAAAUAAUUUGUGCAUUUAUAGCUUUUUCGUUUAAUUAAGAGUGGAAAAGUCACUGAAAUGUCUAAUUUCAAAUAAAAUAUUUGAUUUCUAAUUUCUGUUUUUCAAACAAACAAAAAAAUCCCAGAAGCAUUAUGAAAGGUUUUACUGUGCAGGAGGAAAUGUCACUAGGUUGAUGGGCCUAGCCAGAACACCUAACACCCUCCAUCUAGUCUCCAAACUGAGGCCGUGGCCCUGCAGAGAGCGCCACCGGAAGCCACUUUUAUAGAAGCUUUUACACUCUAUGCUUGAUUUUUUGUUUGUUUGUUUUUGUUUUUUUUGAGACGGAGUCUUGCUUUGUCGCCCAGGCUGGAGUGCAGUGGCGCGAUCUCGGCUCACUGCAAGCUCCGCCUCCUGGGUUGACGCCAUUCUCCUGCCUCAGCUUCCCGAGUAGCUGGGACUACAGGCGCCCGCCACCACGCCUGGCUAAUUUUUUUGAUUUUUAGUAGAGACGGGGUUUCACCAUGUUAGCCAGGAUGGUCUCGAUCUCCUGACCUCGGGAUCCGCCCGCCUCGGCCUGCCAAAGUGCUGGGAUUAUAGGCGUGAGCCACCGCGCCUGGCCUAUACUUGAUUUUUAAUGAAAACAUUCUUAGCAAUAAAUUCAUAUGGCUAACCCAAAUUUAUUUUCUGUAGGCAUAACAUCAAAAACACCUGGCAGGAUUGCCCCAUUCCCAGCACUGUCUAUUUCUCCCCUAAUAUCAGUGGGACUCCACUGAUGCACAGUUGUGAUCUACUAAAACUUCUCUCAAAACUUCCUCCUCUCCUUAGGUCAGUAGCCCCGCCCCUGAUCUAUUUGGAAAUCCCCUGCAUAAAAGUUGAAUAUCAUAAACCAAAGCCAACACCCAGAAAUUCAAAUUCAACCCGUAGGUAAAAAAUUUCUCAAGUGACUGUAGACGUAGAUGUCUCCAGUGUCGCCUCACUAAUAAAGUAGAAGAGGCCAGUGCGAUACUGUCUUUAUACCCUUAACUUGGGUGCUAGAAUAUUUAUCUUCGUCAUCAUUUUAUCAUCCAAACUAUUUUGCAUAACUUUCAUGGGUGCAGAAAUUGUUUCUUAAGUGCUUGGUAAAAUUAAUAGUGAUAUUCAUUCAUUUAUCUCACUGAACAGGCAAUAAAUUCCUUGACGACAAGGGCCUUGGGGGGGCCACAUCUUCAUCUUUGGUUUAUGAGUCCUGUGCGUCUUCGUACAAGCAAUACGACUAUGAGCCGGCAAGUCAGACUUAUUUGGUAGGGGACCAAAGGAAAGAACCUGUUUUGAUUGCUAAGAAAACAUUUUGUUCUCUAUCCUUUACUGGGCUGGCAGGCAGGCAAAGGGAAUGUUCUUAUGAGCACUCACACUGAAAACAAGUUUUUCAUCAAAUGCAGAGACUCUGAAAGCCACGCCGCUGCGGGCUGCCUCCACAAUCCGACCGUCUCGGCGGGCUACGAGAUCCUGGCCACUGACGCGGUGGCUGCGCCUCUGCUCGCAUGUUCCCCCGGCCUCUGGACUCCCUCCCUACCUCAAUCCCUCCCUCCGGCGGGCGUCGCUGGCGGGUGGCUAGGCCCAACAGCAGGAAGCCGCCGCUAUUCUCCGUUCUGCGGCGCCGGGUCCGCCUUCCGUCUGUUCUCGCGCCUGCUCCUGCGCGGCAGCUGCUUUGGAAGGUCUCAAGCCUCCUGUACCUUCCCAGGGAUGAACCAGGCCUUCCCUCUGGAAGGCGAGGGUUCGGGCCACAGUGAGCGAGGGCCAGGGCGGUGGGCGCGCGCAGAGGGAAACCGGAUCAGUUCAGAGAGAAUCUAAGUAGCGGAUGAGGCGCUUGUGGGGCGCGGCCCGGAAGCCCUCGGGCGCAGGCUGGGAGAAGGAGUGGGCGGAGGCGCCGCAGGAGGCUCCCGGGGCCUGGUCGGGCCGGCUCGGCCCCGGGCGCAGUGGAAGGAAGGGACGGGCGGUGCCCAGUUGGGCGUCCUGGCCAGCUCACCUUGCCCUGGUGGCUCGCCCCGCCCGGCACUUGGGAGGAGCAGGGCAGGGCCCGCGGGCUUUGGAUUCCGGCACCGCCCCCUUCCAUUCCCCGGCCAGCGGCGAGCGGCAGCGACGGCUGGAGCCGCAGCUGCAGCAUGAGAGCCGGUGCCGCUCCUCCACGCCUGCGGACGCGUGGCGAGCGGAAGCAGCUCUGCCUGUUCGCGCCAUGGGGGCGCCGUGGGGCUCGCCGACGGCGGCGGCGGCGGCGGGCUGGCGGCGCGGGUGGGGCAGAGGCCGGGCGCUGCCAAGGACCGUCUGGCUGCUGGCGGCCGCCGGCUUGACGUGUACAGCGCUGAUCACCUAUGCUUGCUGGGGGCAGCUGCCGCCGCUGCCCUGGGCGUCGCCAACCCCGCAGCGACCGGUGGGCGUGCUGCUGUGGUGGGAGCCCUUCGGGGGGCGCGGUAGCGCCCCGAGGCCGCCCCCCGACUGCCGGCUGCGCUUCAACAUCAGCGGGUGCCGCCUGCUCACCGACCGCGCGUCCUACGGAGAGGCUCAGGCCGUGCUUUUCCACCACCGCGACCUCGUGAAGGGACCCCCCGACUGGCCCCCGCCCUGGGGCGUCCAGGCGCUCACUGCCGAGGAGGUGGACCUGCGCGUGUUGGACUACGAGGAGGCAGCGGCGGCGGCAGAAGCCCUGGCGAUCUCCAGCCCCAGGCCCCCGGGCCAGCGCUGGGUUUGGAUGAACUUCGAGUCGCCCUCGCACUCCCCGGGGCUGCGAAGCCUGGCAAGUAACCUCUUCAACUGGACGCUGUCCUACCGGGCGGACUCGGACGUCUUUGUGCCUUAUGGCUACCUCUACCCCAGAAGCCACCCCGGCGACCCGCCGUCAGGCCUGGUCCCGUCACUGUCCAGGAAACAGGGGCUGGUGGCAUGGGUGGUGAGCCACUGGGACGAGCGCCAGGCCCGGGUCCGCUACUACCAUCAGCUGAGCCAACAUGUGACUGUGGACGUGUUCGGCCGGGGCGGGCCCGGGCAGCCGGUGCCCGAAAUUGGGCUCCUGCACACAGUGGCCCGCUACAAGUUCUACCUGGCUUUCGAGAACUCGCAACACCUGGAUUAUAUCACCGAGAAGCUCUGGCGCAACGCGUUGCUCGCUGGGGCGGUGCCGGUGGUGCUGGGCCCAGACCGUGCCAACUACGAGCGCUUCGUGCCCCGCAGCGCCUUCAUCCACGUGGACGACUUCCCAAAUGCCUCCUCCCUGGCCUCGUACCUGCUUUUCCUCGACCGCAACCCCGCGGUCUAUCGCCGCUACUUCCACUGGCGCCGGAGCUACGCUGUCCACAUCACCUCCUUCUGGGACGAGCCUUGGUGCCGGGUGUGCCAGGCUGUACAGAGGGCUGGGGACCGGCCCAAGAGCAUACGGAACUUGGCCAGCUGGUUUGAGCGGUGAAGCCGCCCUCCCCUGGAAGCGACCCAGGGGAGGCCAAGUUGUCAGCUUUUGGAUCCUCUACUGUGCAUCUCCUUGACUGCCGAAUCAUGGGAGUAAGUUCUUCAAACACCCAUUUUUGCUCUACGGGGAAAAAACGAUUUACCAAUUAAUAUUACUCAGCACAGAGAUGGGGGCCCGGUUUCCAUAUUUUUUGCACAGCUAUCAAUUGGGCUCCCUUUGCUGUUGAUGGGCAUCAUUGUUUAGGGGUGAAGGAGGGGGCUCUUCCUCACCUUGUAACCGGUGCAGAAAUGAAAUAGCUUAGCUGCAAGAAGCCGUUGAGGCGGUUUCUCUGAAUUUCCCCAUCUGCCACAGGCCAUAUUUGUGGCCCGUGCAGCCUCCAAAUCUCAUACACAACUGUUCCCGAUUCACGUUUUUCUGGACCAAGGUGAAGCAAAUUUCUGGUUGUAGAAGGAGCCUUGUUGGUGGAGAGUGGAAGGACUGUGGCUGCAGGUGGGACUUUGUUUGGAUUCCUCACAGCCUUGGCUCCCUCACAGCCUUGGCUCCUGCGAAAAGGUGAGGAGGGCAGUCCAAGAGGGGCCGCUGACUUCUUUCACAAGUACUAUCUGUUCCCCUGUCCUGUGAAUGGAAGCAAAAUGCUGGAUUGUCCUUGGAGGAAAGUUAAGAUGAAUACAUGGGUGUACCUCACUUUACAUAAGAAAUAUAUUCCUGAAAAGCUGCAUUUAAAUCAAGUCCCAAAUUCAUUGACUUAGGGGAGUUCAGUAUUUAAUGAAACCCUAUGGAGAAUUUAUCCCUUUACAAUGUGAAUAGUCAUCUCCUAAUUUGUUUCUUCUGUCUUUAUGUUUUUCUAUAACCUGGGUUUUUUAAAAGCAUAUUAAAAUUACAGAUGUGAAAAUAAAGCAGAAGCAAACUUGUUCCCUC